AUGGCACAAGCAUCGACAGCGAGCCUCGAGGUGCCACGCCUGCCCCUCGAGCCGCGCCGCCUCCAAACAGCGCCAGCGUCUCCGCGGCCUGUACACUCACCAACGACGCGGUCGCCGCGGAAGGAAGCGUGGCGGUCCCCAGCGCCGUCGCCCCGACAGAUGACGACAACGCCUCGCAAGCCGACACCGCGCAAGGAGCCCGAGCUCGCCACGCGUCCUAUCGAUGCCGCCACGACGGUUAUUGCGGCCAACUCGGCUGCAAAAACCUCGGACGAACCAGAGUUGAUCACGCGCGACGACGUGGCACGGGAGGUGUUGAUUGCAACUGCCAUCGUGAGCUCCGCGCUGGAUGACGCGAUGGUGCAAGCAGCCAACGAGGCCUUGCGGCGGUCGUUUGACCCUCCGCCCAGCACCCCCUCCCCUCCCGAUGCCUUAGCGUCCAUCGCCAAAGACGGCAUUUUCGCGCAGCUGUUUCAAGAGGUACCGAGGUCGCCCGUGCGUCACGAGUCCAAGGAUACGGACGACAUUGUACUCGCUACGAUGACGGUACUCGUUGCAGAGGCCAAGAACGAAGACACCGCGAGAAGCAUCGCGACGGACGAGGUCACAGUGACGGCCAGCAACAACGUCACAGGCGAGGACACUGCGGCGAGCGUGGCCAUGGCGCUGUUGGCCAAGCAGUUGACACUGGCGCUGUUGGCCAAGCAGUUGACACUGGCGUGGGUGUAUCACGCAGCCGCCAGCGUAGUCGACGACGCAACAAGCAUCUUGGACGAGAUGACAGUGACGGUCGCGACCCUGUCACCCGAAUGCACGAGUGUGGACGCACGUGAUGACGCGACCUCGGACGCUAAUGACGCCACGUCAGAGGACAUUCUUGGUGCAACGAACGAAGAGACGAUCAUUGCACGGCCCCCGUCUCUCGCGAGGAUUGAUGCUAAGCGGGACAUGGACCUCGAAGCUGCAUUUACAGAGGCGAUAGCGUCAGAAAGCACCGGCGAUGCAGACGCUAGACCCAGCGAGCUCGAGAGCACAAGCUUGCUGGAUGACGAGCCAACGACGAAGGUUGCAGCUGCCAUUUUGGACGCCUUGUCAAGAGAUGUCUCCAGCCCUCGUCUCGUGGAGAGUGCCCUAGUGUCCGAGACGACAAGCGACGCUGCUGCGCUCCAAGCACAGCUGGCGACAGAGGCGCCAAGCGAAUCCUUCGACGAGGCAGUCUUGAUCUCGAUCGUGGCCGGUCGCUUGGUGCGCGCCUGGAUGCAUACGACGACAGACGAGAUCGCUUCAUCUCGGCCGCACGAACACGAUCUUCAAGCUCCGAUGCAAGUACCAGAUUCGAACCCAGUUCCAGAUUUCGUGUCUCCACUGGUCAGCGCCAGAGAUAUCAUCCCAAGCACGGUGCCAAGUUUGCUUAACCUUACAUUGGAUAUGGCGUCGCAGCUCGUGCAUGCGUGGACCGAGGCCGCAGUCCGAGCCAUGACCACCCACCGCGACAGUGCGGUGACGUCGGUGGCCAUCGAGACGGUCGCGCCAGCACCGGUCGUCACGGUCAUCGACUCACCUUGCCUUGACAACUGUCCGCCAAUCAACGCAUCAAUCCAGACCGUGCCGAUGACGGAAGAAGAAGAGGACAGCAUGUGCUCGCAGGUCGCCACAUCGAUCCUCGCGGGCCACCUCGUGCGCGCGUGGAUCGCCGAUACGAUCGCAGAAGUUGCUUGGUUCACGUCUCGUCCCCAUGAGCACGACGCUGCUGUGCCGUCCUUGAACAAUGCCACGCCAUCGUCUCUGCUCGAGAAGGCGGCAGCGCUAGCCUCUGCCCCGGAGACGAUCGACGCCAGUGAAAUGGCGACGCAUGACAACGAGGUGGCUGUGGCCUUUCUCGCCGGCCGACUCGUGCGUACGUGGGUCUAUGAGACCUGUGGUGUCAUUGCAGAACGAGCCCUGGCGUGUACUGCUGCGUCACUUGCUCCCCUCGACGUCUGCGAUGAGAUCGAUUCUGUUGUCGUCUGGCCAGCAGAAAUCUCCAAGGACGAGACGCCCCAGGAUGACAUGGUGGACGUGGCCGCCUCUGUCUUGGUCGCUCAACUUGUCCGCGCAUGGCUGUACGAGACGAUGAAUGGGGUCGCCCAACAACUCUCAGCACGACAUUUUGAGCCUUCGGCAGUCGCACCAGAUUGUGUGGUAGCAUCAACGUCCUUGUCGGUGGCAGCGACGACGCUCGAGUCUCCCCUCGCUCUAGAGGUACCUAUAUCAGAUGACGAGACAACCGAUGACGAUAUUGUGGACGUGGCCGCCUCUGUCUUGGCCGGUCAACUUGUCCGCGCAUGGCUGUACGAGACCAUGCACGAGGUCGUUCAGUUUUCUGCACGACGCCACGAGCAUGCCGCCGACGCUUCCGCAUGCGCCGUGACCGAAGCCCCUGCGUCACCCGUGGUCGUUGAUGACGCGCCGCCUACGUUUUCCAUGGCACCGGUCAUUAUUGAUGGUGCAGAGCUCGAGACAAGCGAUGACAGUAUGGUGACCGUCUCGAUCCUCGCCGCGCAGCUCGUGAACGCGUGGGUCUACGAAACCAUGGACAACUGUAUCACCCAACGAUCGGCCGAACAACUCGAGCUCAAAACCAGCAAUUCGCUAAGCGAGCUUCAACCAUCACGCCGCACCACGGACGAAGAGUUGUCUCCAGGCAGUGAUGGUACAUCUGCCGUAGAGCCACUCGCCGAUGACAUCAGCGACGCAUCGCUCGUGGUUGCAGUGUCGAUACUGGCUGGACAACUCGUUCGUAUGUGGGUCUACGACGUGAUGGACAGUAUUGUCCAACGCUCGAUACAGCAGCUUGCGUCGGCCCUCAAUGUCGCUGAUGACGCGCCGCUGGUAGCCAUCGACGCUGUGUCCGCGGACGGCAAAGCGUCCGAUGAGCCUCGUGACGACACGGUGGCGGCGUCCAUUUUCGCUGGGCAGCUGGUGCGCGCGUGGACGUACGACGUGAUAAACGAGAUCGCGCAGGUGACGGCGCGACGGCACGAACAUGCGCCGUCAUGUGCUGACGCCGAGACCGUCGUCUCUUCGAUCGUCAUUACUGAGACGGAGACAGCUGAUGCUGAGACUGCCGAUACCGAGACCUCUGACGCUGUGGACGUGACACGCGAACAGGUUGCUGUCACCACAAAUACGGCUGGAUUGCUCUCAACCAACGUCCAAGAACCACCCGAGGAAGCUGAGAUCCUCGAGCCAAGCGCAAGCGAGAUGGAUGAGAUCAAUCGCACGGUCGCUGCCUCGAUGCUUUCGGGCAGCUCGUGCGUGGAUGGCUGCACGAGGCGCUCGAUCAUUCUCUCGCAUCGCGACUGUCCGACCCAGCGCCCCUUCUGCCCUCCUCGACGGACCACGUCGCAGCCGACAACACUUGUUCACCGGUGGCUUGUCGACGCAGUCGCCAAGGCUGUCGACGACGCUGCGCUCGAGAGCUCCGACUCGGAGACAGCCACGUCCUAUGUCUCGUCGUCUGAUAGCCGUUCGAGCCUCUCGAGCUACUCGUCCGAGUCGGCGUCGAGCUACGGGUCGUCGUCGCUGAGCUCGUCCAAGGCUUCGAGUGUGUCCGAUCUCCACGCAUCGUCCGUGAGCUCUCUCUCGCCUCUCGAUGAAGCGAGCUAA